UUAGGUUUUGAUAAAAACAGGAGACAAGAAGUUUCCAACCUUCUUCUUCAGGCACGCAAAACUCACAAAACUACCACUGCCGCCCGCCGUCUCCCUCCUAGCCUUGCUACGCCGCACGUCGUCUCCGCCUCACGCCGCCGUCGACCACCGGUUAGUCUCGCCAGUUUUCUCUCUCCAAAUCCAUCUUUCGCAGCUUUCUCUCUCCUUAAGAUUACGUCCUUCGGCCACCGCACCGCAGCCACACUGCCGCCGCCGGAUAAGAAUACUCAAGUCUUUUUGGGUAAGAUUCAGCGGGUAGGAGUGCUCUAAACUCCAUUCGAACUCAAAUAAGGUUCUUUAAAAUUGUCCCUAACAAUUGGAAGAGCUUCAAAUAAAUUUGAACACUUUUCUGCAGAGUUCCAAGUCCGUCUUGGUGAGUGUUAGGUAAGAAAGCUUUGUUCAGGUUUUCCGUACUGAGAACUCUUAAUUGUAUAAUACGAGUAGUUUCGGACUCCUGGACUCGUUCCAGCGAAGACUCAAAACUCUUUUGGUAAGAUUUAGGUGUUAAAGUAUUGUUUGGACCCUUUUGAACUCUUAGUAAGUUCGUAAAUUAACAAUUUAAAUGGCUAAGAGGUCAAGGGCCACCUACUGGGAAUUAAUUUCUGAGGAGUUUUUUUGACACCAAAUGAUGCAGGGGACUCGCGAAUAUUAAAAAAGAAAAAAGUAAGUUUUGUAAAUUAAUUCAUGACUGCUUGAAACUCUCUUUUUGUAGUUAGGACCUGAUUCGGAGUGUUCAGUUUAAGAGUUAAGGUUUUGAGUAAGGAUUAUCGCAUCCACAUUCUUUCAGUUCCGGUUUUGGGAUUUCAAGUUGAUUUAUGCCUUGUUCCUGUUACUUUUUUUAAUUGGCUACCAUUGGGCUUGUUUUAGGAGUGCAAUAGUUAAGUCGAAUUCUACUUUAUGGGUCUGUUUGAUAUAUAUGUUAAUAUGUUGGUUGUUAUAUCCAUUUUAUAUAUAUUUCUCAUAUGAAAUUCUGAAAUAGUUGUGUUGUCAUGAUUGAGCAUGCCUGGAUGCAUAUGGAUGUUCUUAUUUAUAUAGUUGGACGCGCUUGGAUGCUUGUUGUGACUGUAUUUUGUAUAGCAUGCCUUUGCACUUUGGUGUUCACCUAUCUCUAUGAGUGCAUAAUGGCAGUUGUACUUUAUGUCUAUGAGAAAACAUAGUUUUAGUACAUCAAGUAUUGCCAUUGCUGCCUUCAUCACCCUUUCAUUCACGUAGGAAAAAUAAUCAAAUCUAGAAAAAUAUGAUAGAAAGAAAUUAUCGUGAUAUAAAGUUGAUUUUAAACUAUAGUUUCUUGAGAAAAAGUAUUGAAAAUCUAAGUUGUCUAAUUUUUCAAACUAUUGUUUUUGAACAAUAUUACAAAUCUGACGUACCCAACCCAAAAAAUCCCUCUAACCCUUGGGCUACAUUUGUUUAAAUGGGCUGAAAUAGGUGGUCUCACAUACGGACCAAUCUUCCAUAUCAAACAUGUCUCCUCUGAGUUGAUUACUAAUAAAAUCAUGUAAAACCCUAUAUUGGUUCCUUUUGUUCUUCACCUUCUUUCUCACUAGUCAUUCCUGCACAGGGAAAGAAAUAAUGAAGUUGAAGAUUGACAGCAAGAGCUUACAGAAGACACACAAACUACAGAAAAAGCAUGGUACAAAGAAAAGCCACGUCGAUGAAAGCCAGACGCAAUCGGAAAAGCAGAACAAUGUUGAACUACAUUUAGAACAAGAAGCUCCAACCCUAGAUGAGGCUCCAUUACAACAACAUUCAGAUUCUGCUCCACCCUUCGGUUGUAAUGAGGAUCAUGUCAAUGCGGGUGACAACCAUGGUAAUUUUGAGAACGAUCAUGACCAAGAAAACGAGAAUGACAACCCCAUACCUGAUCCAGUAGAUGAAGAAAGUGAUUCAUCUGAGGAUGAGGUAGCUCCUAGGAACACAAUUGGAGAUGUUCCCUUGGAAUGGUAUAGAGAUGAAAAACAUAUUGGAUAUGACAUAUCUGGAAAGAAAAUAUUGAAGAAAGAAAGAGAAGACAGAUUACAAUCAUUUUUAGCAAGUGCUGAUGACUCAAAAAGUUGGCGCAAGGUAUAUGAUGAAUAUAAUGAUGAGGUAAUAGAGUUAUCGAAGGAAGAAGUCAGGCAACUGCGGAAACUGCUCAAAGGAAAGGCUCCGCAUGCAGAUUUUGAUCCAUAUGAGUCUUAUGUUGAUUGGUUUAAGUGGGACGAUGCCAAGCACCCACUGUCAAAUGCACCUGAACCAAAAAGGCGUUUUAUCCGGUCAAAAUGGGAAGCCAAGAAGGUUGUUCGAUUAGUUCGGGCAAUUCGAAAUGGACAUAUUAAAUUUGAGAAGCCCAAAGAAGAGCAACGUUUCUACAAUUUGUGGGGAGAUGAUUCUAGCUCCACAGAGAAGACGACACAUUUGUCUUACAUUCCUGCACCAAAACCGAAGUUGCCAGGUCAUGAUGAAUCAUAUAAUCCUUCAUUGGAAUAUAUCCCUACUCAAGAAGAAAUAAACUCAUAUCAGUUAAUGUAUGAAGAAGAUCGACCAAAGUUUAUUCCUAGGAGGUUUACAUCCAUGAGAAGCGUACCUGCCUAUGACAACGCUCUUAAGGAUGCAUUUGAACGUUGUUUGGAUCUAUACUUGUGCCCUCGUGUGAGGAAGAAACGUAUUAAUAUUGAUCCUGAAUCUUUGAAACCUAAGCUGCCAAACCGGAAAGAUCUUAAACCUUAUCCAACUACAUGCUAUCUUGAAUAUAGAGGUCAUAAGGAUGCUGUAAUGUCCAUUUCAACUGAAGCCAAUGGCCAAUGGAUUGCUUCAGGUUCAUUGGACGGAACUGUUCGGAUAUGGGAAGUUGAAACAGGUAGAUGUCUCAAAGUAUGGGAGCUUGGGGAAGCUGUAAAGUAUGUAGCUUGGAAUCCUAAGCCUGAGCUUCCAGUAUUGGCUGCUGCUGUGGGUGUUGAUGUAUUGCUUUUAAACACUGGUUUUGGGGAUGGGGAGGUUCAAGCAAAAAUUAAGGAAGUUCUCCAUGUCGACAAACUUCCCGUGACAGAAAAUUCUGAUAAGACACCAGUUGCGACCUGGCUUCAAGAUGACAAGAUCGGGGGGAUUAGAUUGAGGCAUUUUAAGACUGUAUCUGCAGUUGAAUGGCAUCGUAAAGGAGAUUACCUUUCAACAGUUAUGCCAGCUGGUGAAUCAAGAGCAAUUCUUAUUCAUCAGCUCUCUACAAAGCUAACACAAAAAAUUCCAUUCAAGUUGCGUGGGCUUCCUGUUUCAUCAGUUUUUCAUCCCACUCAAUCUAUCCUCUUUGUAUCAACGAAGACGGAGGUCCGUGUUUAUAAUCUAUUGAAGCAAAAGCUCAUGAAAAAACUGAAAACUGGACUCCGUGAAGUUUCUUCUAUUGCUGUGCAUCCAGCUGGUGAUAAUGUUAUCGUGGGGAGCAGAGAAGGAAAAUUAUGUUGGUUUGAUAUGGACCUUUCAUCACAGCCUUACAAAAUUCUCAGCUGCCAUCCAAAAGAUAUCACAAAUGUUGCCUUCCAUCGAUCACGUCCAUUGUUUGCAUCUUGCUCUGAUGAUGGCACCGCAUAUGUUUUCCAUGGGAUGGUUUACUCGGAUCUUACACAGAAUCCCCUUAUUACACCGUUGGAAAUACUAAGAGGACACAAAAACGUUAAUGGAAGAGGAGUAAUGGACUGCAAAUUUCACCCGAUGCAGCCAUGGUUAUUUACUGCUGGUGCAGAUUCAGUGAUCAAAUUGUACUGCCAUUGAUAAGAUUUUACGAAAUCAACCUUGGGACGUGUUCGGCACGUGUUGUGAGGCAGCUUGGCAUAUGGGAAUGUUGUUUUGCUCGGAUCGGAUUAAGGUCAAAGAGUCACAAUUUUGUCUGUUCUUCAAUCUAGUCUUUUCACAAUGCAAGGAUUAUACAUGAAUAGAAGCUAGUCCAUUCUUUGGCGUCCAUAGUUUAAAGAAACGAGAUUUAUGAUUUUUCCAAAUUAUUUGUGCCCUCUCAUGGAAAGCAAAUUGUACCACGGAAUUAUCUAAAAUUUUGUUGAUGAGGCUACUAAUGGAGUUAUAGUAUGGUAAAACGGUUUGAGACAGA